AUGGAUACCAAUAAAGACCAUAUCCAACCCAAUACCACAAAACCCACUAAGACAAACAACAAGGAAGCGGACAAUACCGCCUCCAUCAACAUGACCGCAUUGUUCGCAGCAAUGCCACAACCACAAGCACCCUCGACUUCCUGGAGUCUCGUCGAGCCAAGGAAGAAGAAAAAUAGAAAGAGGAGGGAACGACAACGCAGGUCUAGGACCAAAGACGGAAAAACAAAAGGGGGAACUGGAAACAGCGAACCCGAUACAGAGGAGAGUGAGCGGUACACCACCGAUGGGGACACGCCAGCUGCUGCUCCUGGAGGUACCGGGAAACCGACUGGGGAAAACCAGAGCGCGACAAAGCCCACACCGGGCAAUGCUGCGCCGGUGAAAACCAGCACGGGACCCGUGGGCUCCUAUCGCAGCGGCACGGGUGGGUGCCCAACGGGGGGAGGGCGCACAACCAACCUCUCUCACACAAACAAAACAGUGGGGGGCCCGAAAACGGCCAAAGAUGCUGGAGUACGCGCUGCUCCGGGUUACAAGGGUGGUCCCAGUGGCCAAUCGGCCCUGGAAACUGCCCGCCCGUCGAGCUCAAGCGGAAAAAGCUCUAGCGCCCAGGUCUCCUCCAAGACAACAAAAACCACGCACAUACAAAAGGCCCCAACCAAGCAAACCCAACGCCAGCUGCUGUCUAGCCGGCCACGCCUAAACAGCGGCACAAGCGAAGGGGAAACCUCGGAGGGGGGCCAAACAAACAAACCCAACAAGAGGGACCGACUAGACGACACCAUCUCACCGAAGGUGUCAUCGAAACGUCCCCGUACAACCCACACAAGAAGGGAUGGUGAGGCCAGCUACGCACAGGCGACCUUAACUCACCUGAACGUGGCUAUUACCACCAACCCCCGGACAGACCUAACAGACAAAGAAGCCACAGACAUUAAAGACCAGCUACAGAAGGCUAUCUUCACUGUAGCAGGUAACCACAAAGGAAUACCAUCAAACAUACCCUUCGCCCCCAUAUUCCUCGGCCGCACUACCCUACAUGAAGGAGUGCUGAAGCUGAAGUGCAGGGACGAUGAGACACUGGCCUGGCUGAAAGGGAUCGUCCCGACGUUCAAGGCCCCGAGGGAAGGUUUUUGCCUCACCCUCAUCGAACAACGUCAGCUAAGGCCCAAAGUCAAAGCCGCCUUAUACGUACCCGACUACCAAGGGGACGCAGACUUCCUACACAAGAUAUUAAUGAGCCAAAACAGAUACACAUACGCUGUCAGCUCAUGGCAGCUUAUACACUAUGAUGUCUCUAAAGGAGAUCGUCCUGGGAUGCUCCUAUAUCUAGGAAUACCCAGAGACGAAAUACCAAAACUCCUCGCAGAGGGCCGGAGGGUUGCAUACUCCCACGGGUCCAUAUACAUCCGGUUCUUCACGCCUGAAGGACUCAGCGAUGUACCACCGGAGGAGGAACCUAAAACGGUCGAUGACAAUAAGCCCACAGACAUGGAGACGGACAAACACACCGACAGACCUCACACUGUAGCUUCAAACACACCGACAGACUUACAGACUGACAAACCCUCCCAGACAGACACACUACCAAAACCCACACAAACAGACGGAACAGACGGACGCCAAGCAUCCCCACUCCCGACCGACAGACAAAUCCCCAUACCGACAGACGAACCAGAUGGAUCCACCCUGACGACAAACACACACAUGGAUGAAGUCAUGAACCAUCAAAACACACACCCUGCCAGCACUUCCCAGGACAUGGAAGAGGUGUUGACGCCUUUUUCACAGGUGUCCGCCUCACCAGAGUAUUGGGAAGCACUGGUGGAGUCGGAU